GAGUCGAGUUCUGUGGAAAGCUGUCCGAUGACCAGGAUCAAGGACUGUUGGUUAUAAAUUGUUCACAGAUUAGGCUACUCCAUAACGAGGUGUUAUGCAGAAGACGUAACAUUCAUGCCUUGUCGAAGUGUUUGCAACGUUUGCUGGUAUUCUAUUCAAACAGUCUAUCAGGACGAAGAUCACAGAUGUCUAGUUACGAUCACAGAAGACUUGCUUUAUGAAGAGGACAGCUAACGUUUGGAGCGGAUGAAAGAAAAGGACAUGCAUUUCCAGACAGCCUAAUAAGAAUUACAGCUUUCUAAAUGCGUCUUAUCGAGCAACCAAGAACAAUGAGCAGUGGUUCUAGCAACUUUCUGCUAGUCCCUAUACCGGAGUACCCUGCACUGGACUGCGUACCAAAUAAACAAGUUAAAAUAGUCGUUCUUGGUGCAAACAAUGUUGGAAAAACGGCUCUGAUUGUAAGAUUUCUUACAAAGAGAUUCAUAGGAGACUAUGAAGCCAACACAGGUGCCUUGUAUUCAAGGAAGAUUAAUUUGGAUGGGGAGCAAGUUUCCUUACAAGUGCAGGACACUCCGUGUGUCUCACUGCAGGAUGAUGCAGAGGGUCUGUAUUGUCAGGAGCAGAUCAACCGCUCUAUUUACUGGGCCGAUGGUUAUGUGCUCGUCUUCUCCAUCACUGACCUCAACAGCUACCGCACCAUCCAGCCGUUAUACCAACACGUGCGUCGUAUCCACCCCAGUGGCAACAUCCCUGUCAUCAUUGUGGGAAACAAAUGCGACCUGCUGCGUGCUCGACAGGUCCCGGCUCACGAGGGUAAGGCGCUGGCUGAUGAAUUGGGAGGACCCUACUUCGAGGCUUCGGCCAGCGAGAACCACGAGAGCGUUCAAGAUGCUUUUCUGCACCUGUGUCAGGAGGUGAGCCGGGCGCUGGGAGGAGGAAAUGGGGAGAAGAGAAAAGGAGGAUUACACCUUGCCAGGCCAAAGAGCCCAAACAUGCAAGAGUUAAAGAGAAGAUUUCGUCAAGUGCUGUCUUCCAGGGUGAAGUCGACUACUGCACUAUGAAUUACAGUUUUGUGACAAAUAUGGCGGCAGAGGACUUGGAAAAAAUUAUAAGAACAUUGUGUUGCACAAGCAUUUUGAGAAACACAAGGGAAAACAUUGAACCUAGCCAGCUGCAAGGACUCAUACAAGAUGAAUUACUUUACUUUAUAAUGAAUCAAGUCUGCGUGAAUUAGAACUUGAAGAUGUAAUAGUCCUGCUUUUGGUGUCAGCCCACUUUAUCAGUUAAAUGUGAAGCAAGAGUUUGUCUUUAACCAAAGCAGAUUAUAUUAUAGUAAAAGUAACAAAAUUAAACAAAGGUACUGUACUGUAAGCAGUCAAUUAUCAUACUUAAAUGUCUAAAAUGUUCUUCCAGUAAAGUCCCACCAUUUCUUGACGGUGAGAGACAUUAUUCAGCUUGUAUGUUAAUCAUAUUGAAGGAAGAGAAUCGCGACUUGUGGUUCCCAUGACAUUUGACUUACUUAUGCUGUGUCAAACAGCUUGGUUUUACUGUGAAGGUUUGUAGUGUGUCCUUCGUUUGUCCCGUCCAGAUGUCCCAUUCGCCCACUCAAAUAGACGUUUGUUUAUCUUGCAGCUUAGAUGAAGUUGCAUUCCUCUGAAGCAGGUCUAGGGAUUCUUGAACUGAACCAUGGGCCUGCACUCAGUGAGCAUUGACCUCUGACCUUUUUUGUUUAAUAUGUAACCUUUCUUUAACAACGGCCUAAUGAAAAACAGAUUGAAUAGAAAUAUGACCAGCUUUCUCCACUAUUAAACAGUGAGAGUAUAUGUUAUUGUCAACUUUUAUAUACUUUGACAAAGUAAAAAAUAUGUUUGUGGUAACAGUGUAUAUACGUUGUGCUGUUUUUUUCUUUUUUAAUGAGUCUGACUAUUAUGUUUUCUCUGUAAUUCUCCCUGUUUCCUUUAUAAACCCUCAACCUUUUUUUCAAUUUGAAAGAUUUUCUUGUGUCAACUGAAAUGUCCACAUAACAUUCUCAAAUGUUACACCAGAAAAUGUUAACUAGAAUGACUCAACUCUCUAAACUUCUUGGCCCAAUGCCGGUUUUAAACGUUUCGAAAACUAUUAUUUAAAACUGUUGUUAAGUAUUAGUUUUCCCCGUCACACCUAAUUGUGCAAAUAUAAAUCAGCUGUUGGUGUCUCUGAGAACUAACUGUUCCACAUUUAUUGUACUUUUUUUGCAAAAAAUGUGUAGUUUUAUAGUUCCGUUGUAUGUUAUGGGAAAGGGGUGAUUUGGACCUUGGACAUGCUUUGCAUGCAUUUAAUAGAAAAACGAAUCUAGUUAUUUUUAUGUGGUAAUAUUUAGUGUUAGAGGAAAGACAUAAAGGAGGUUUAAGUGAAAAAUGUCACAUAAUGUGUUUAUUUUAAUAAGAGUAUGAAUAGAGAGAGAUUCAGAAUCUCUGAUUCUUCAGUAAGAAGGAUUCAAAUGUGAAUCAGUGGCUUCUACGCAACGCAGCUUUACUAAACCAUCUCUCUGACAUUAUGAUUAUUAAUGACUUCCUGCUAA